UUUUUGCAAAUAUUUUGUGUUUCAGUAUAUUUUGGAAAAUUCAAUAGCGGGUUAGCAUUAUACAGUUAUAAGAAUAGAGCUGCAAGGGACAGGAUUAUGCCUAAAUCAGCAUUGUUCGUUUGUCUUGGCAAUAUUUGUAGAUCGCCGAUAGCAGAAGCAACAUUCAAACAACUUGUGACUGAGAAAGGGCAGGCGAGUGAUUGGAUUGUGGACAGCGCUGCAACAUCAACAUAUCAAAUUGGUGAACCCCCAGAUUCAAGAGGACAGUCGUGCAUGAGAACGCAUAAUAUUUUUCGCCAUGUUGAAAAACACAGGGGUCGACAAAUAACAAAAGAUGACUAUCAAAAGUUUGAUUAUAUUUUUGGAAUGGAUGAUAAUAAUAUGAGUGAUUUAAAGCAAAUGGCACCAAAAGGUACUUGUAAAGAAAAGCUCCUUAAACUUGGAGAUUAUGACACUGAUAAAACCUAUGGGACCACUAUACAGGAUCCAUAUUAUUCAGGCAAUGAUAAAGAAUUUGAAAGAGUAUACCAACAAGUCAAAAGGUGUUGUUUAGGAUUUUUGGACUCUAUUUGACAUGAGCAUGAAAAGAAUGGCACAGUAAUAAACUCUGUGGCAAUACCUGUGGGCUAAACUGAUGUUAUGCCUCCAGACUUAAAUAAUUCUCAAAGUCCAAAUCUAUAAACAAUAUUUCAAUUCACAACAUCUUCCAACAGAAUAAUUGUUGUUUAAUUUUUUACAUAGAUGGAUCUGUUUCAUAUAUUUUGCGUUUUAUAAAGGCAUAUUGACAAACUAUUGUAAUGCCGAACUAUUUGCGUCGAAAAGUACUCUUCUUAUCUUGCAUCUGUGACUAGUUUUCGUGAUUUCAUAUUUAUAAAUAAAAGUCGCUGAACCCAAAUGGUGAUCAUAAUUUCAUGAACACUCUCAUUGCAAAAAACACAGUAGAAAGGAAGAGUUUCCUUGUACCUUCUUUAAUUUAUAACUUGUUGCCAUAAUAUUUAUAAGAUUAUAGCCAUUCAGAAAUGUAUAUAUGUGAACCGGGAUAUGGAUUUGUAUAGUUCCACUCCAGAUUUUGACCAUGGCUGGCUUUCUAUUACAUCUUCAAUAAUAACACAAUUUGGCAUAAGUUGAAAAUAAGAUAUCAACUUCUGAUACAAAUUAUUCUUUCACUCUGGCUACUAGAACACUAAUAAAAUUGAUUGAAAUUAAGUUUUGUAUUGAUAUGUUAUUGGGCAUAAAGUGAACCAAUGAACUAUUUUGCAGAAUUCUUUUCACCUCAAUUUUUUAUGCUUAUGGUAUUGCAAUGUGACAUUCUAUCAGGUUAGUCUGCCGAUCAUUUGAAUCCGACAUGGUGCUCAGCUGAUACUUUAUCAGUACUGGUGUGAAUUGCUACAGAAAAUCCCGGAUUUUAAGCUUCAUAUUAGUGGUUAGAUCUUUGUGUCCAUAUAUUAGAUCAUGCUCUCUUGUUCAGCUAAAAAUCCUCCAUUAUAAUUUUUCAG